CGCAUGGAAGAAACGAUGAGGCCGUGUAGUGUGUUCUUUCGGCGCCCUUGAGCCCGCCGGCUGCGUCUCGACUGUCGGCCUGCGUAGCUUUUCAUCGCUUCCCUUUUUUCCUGCCCCUUCCCGGAUCGUUUCCUAGCUGCAUGUUACCUGCGCAGACAAGUCAGACCUUGCACGUACGUUGCACAUCCAUGGUGGAUCUGCAAGCUUCGAACGGCACGCCGUUUAUAACUGUCCCUUCCCCACAUCCUGCACGACCAAGAACAUUCCUGGACCUACGCCGCCAACGCCGCGAUCGCAUAGAAGCCCAAGAAACUUGAACGCCGUGCUCCUGUCCGCUCAUCGCUCGCUGCGUCGUCUGAAUCCCGGCUGGCUCUUGUACGUGCGUUUGAGCCUGGGGCGUCACUCGUCCUAGGCGACAUCCCGCGCAGACACAGAUGGGCGUCGGAAGCUCGCGAGUAGGAGAGGGCGCGGGCAGCGUGUAUAUGCGCGACCAGACACGAUUCUCGAUAGCCGCGCUGACCGUCACGAACUCGCGCAACCGAACUCUGCUUUCUGUCGCGCCGAACGAAUUUCCCGCGUCGCGGUACGUGGCCAGACGCGAGGCCGGAGACGAGACCCCCAUCGAAUACAUACAGGACCCAGAAAGUGGCAGCAGCUCGCAGCCGCCUUCAUUCUUACUUCGUCUCUCCAACGAUGACGACCUCAUAUUCAAUUUCACCAUAGUCAUAAGAAAGACCCCCGCUCCCCCCUCCGCCACCGCCGAUGGAAGCGUCCCCCCCGCGGCGAUCGACACAACCAUCAACGGGCUCACGUUCCUGUACGCCUCCACGACCAGGGAGCUCGAGAACCUCAUCACAAAAGAGCUGCACGCGGACCCCAACCUGCACAAGAACAAUCCAAACGUGACCCUGAUCGGCGACUACAGCACGUCGGGCAACCCGUCCGUCUCCUUUCAGUGGAGCUGGAAAUGGCGUCCCCCCAAACUCGCAGAGGACCGGGGCGGCGGCUGGCGCAACUGCUGCAGCUUCGUCGACUACGACCAGCGCAACCACCGCUUGAAUCCCCUCGCCAUUUUCACGUUCUGGGUUCAGAACACGCAGCGAGUCGCGGCGCUGAACAGUCCCAAGUCGCCGUCGCCGCGCUUGGACGUCUCGGGCACGGCCAAGCUCAGGGUGCCGAGCUCACAGUCGAUUGAUUCGAGGCUGAGCGACUCUGAUGGCGGCGUAGACCAGAAGGACGCACCGCCGGCGCAGUCGCCGGGCGUCGAACCGAUCCCGGAGGAUGGCCUCGGUCUCGUGCCCACCAUGACGGGCACAACGAUAGCGACCAGCACGGUGAAGCCACUCGACAUUACGUGUCCGCGCCCGGGAGAAGAUUUCAGUCUAGCUGAGGAUGGGCCGCUCUUCCGGGCCACAAUGAAGGCGAUGGAGCAGCGGACGGGCAGCAUGCGCGCACGCUGGAAGCGCGUGCUUCGCAAGGCCGAGGAGACGUAUGCAGCCCAGCAGAACGCAAACAACGCCGUCGCCGGCCUCAUCGAUGCGCUGCGGGAUGCGUCGACGUCGAGCACGAACGUGGUGCAGCCAGCCAUGGAUCAUUACUUCGACAAGAUCGCCAAGGAAAUUCUGGCGUACGAGAGGAGUAACACGCAGAAUCUGCAGCGGAUGAUCAUCGAACCGAUAGCCAAGCUGUACAACGUUGACAUCAAGCAAGCCGAGUCGAAGAAGCGCGACUUCGAGGAGGAAUCGAAGGAGUACUACGCGUACGUGUCGCGCUACCUAGGUCAGCGGCAGGACUCGCUCAAGGAAAAGAAACGUGCGGAGACGGACUCCAAAUACCAGAAGAAGAAGCGAGAUUUUGAGCUAAAGCGUUUCGACUACUCUUCAUUCAUGCAAGAUUUACAUGGCGGCCGCAAGGAUCAAGAAGUGCUCUCGAACCUAACGCGUUAUGCCGAGACGCAGGCGCAGGGAUACCUCAAGACGGCGAAAAGGAUUGAGGAGUUGCUCCCACAGCUGGAGGUCUUGAUCGCUGGUGUACGCGAGGCCGACAAGGACUAUCAAAUUCAGCGUACGGAGCGUGAGGAGAAACGGCGUGCCUUGGAGAAGAGCAGCGCUUUUCCCGAGCCCGAGAAGGUCCUUGGGAUCUCGCAGCCCGCCCUCGCGAACGCGCUGCGAAACGGAGUCGGCAUCGGGAGAUCUGGCAGCGUGCAUGGUGCUGGAGCGGCGAGUGCACCAGCAAUGACGAUUAAUGUGCCCGCGGCUACGUCUUCGGAGCCUGCGUCGGCGCUCAUGCAACCCGUUUCCAGUGUGCUGUCGAGCAGCCCCAGCCAGGCGAGCAAGUUCAGAGGGAUCAGGGAUCUGGAGGAGCGAGACCACAACUCUCUCGGGUCAGACGCAACAAAUGGGUAUAGAGGGAAGGAAGGUCUCGUCUGGGCGAUGAGCAGGCCAGGUAGUCACGCGGAUCCGAAGGGCUUGAACAAGCAAGCGUGGCACAAAUACUGGAUCGUCCUCGACCAAGGCAAGCUGUCCGAGUAUACAGGCUGGAAAGAGAAACUCGAUUUGCACAUGGAGCCCAUCGAUCUGCGUGUCGCUUCGGUCCGCGAAGCACGCAAUGCAGAUCGUCGAUUCUGCUUCGAAAUCAUCACGCCGCAAUUCACACGGGUGUAUCAAGCGCAGGGCGAGGACGACAUGCGCACCUGGAUCAACGCCAUCAACAACACCAUUCAGAACGCCGUCGAAGGCAAGGGGGUUGCCGAGCCCGUGCCCAGAGACUCGUCGGGCUCCUUCAACAAGGAACUUGCGUCCGUAUUGACGGGGAAGAGUGCAUCGACAAGUCAUCGCAGCGGACAUAGCAGCCACAAGAGCGGCGUUUCGCGGCAUGCUACUGUGGGUGAGAAACCUUCAGCGAGGAUACAGUCCGUCGAAGUGAGCGAGAGUUCGCAAAGACUGCUACGACAACUUAGAGAGCACGAUCCGGCGAACAGCUUCUGCGCCGACUGCAGCACAGAUUCACGUGUAGACUGGGUGUCUAUAAACCUUGGCGUGAUCAUUUGCAUCGAGUGCUCUGGUAUCCACCGAUCCCUGGGCACCCACGUGUCCAAGGUGCGAUCGCUCACGCUCGAUCCAAAUUCCUUCACCAGCGACAUCGUUGAGAUUCUCAUGAAAGUCGGUAACCGCGUCAGCAACGCCAUCUACGAGGCCAAGAUGGAGCGGGGCCAGAAGCUCAUGCCGCAGGCGAACCGAGAGCAACGCUUGCGUUUCAUCACGAUGAAGUACGUCGAGCGAGCAUUCGUGCUUCCCAUCUCGCCGACGCUAUCGCACUUCGGAACGCCAGACGAGACGCUCCUCACCUCGGUGAAGAAACACGACAUCCCCGGUGUCAUCUACGCGCUUGCCCUCCGCGCUGAUGUCAACGCGCAUGACCGUUCGCGUAACACGCACGUCGUCUUCCUUGCGCUUGUAAGCGCAGACCCCGUCUCUCCAGCCUCCACUUCGCCUGCUAGCUCUCCUCGGACAUCCAUUCAGUCACCUCCCCCUCCAUCAGGCGGUCGCAAACCGUUCGCCAUCGCCGAGCUUCUGAUCCAAAACGGCGCCGAAGUCCCGCAGACACUGCCUGCCAUUCCACUGAGCCAGGACGCGAAGAUGUACCUCCAGCAGAAGGAGGAUCUGCGCAUGGGACGUAAAACAGCUCCUGCCGCACCCUUGGAUGAGGGCGUGGGUACCGGUGGCGACACCGUGACAGCGCUGCCGACGUUUCAGCCGGACGAUGUGCGCAAAAAGAGAAUCAGCUCGUCGGGGAGGCUGAUCAAGUCACCUCCUGGCUCCAGCUCGGGGACAUCUUAAUUUAUUUGUCCCUCAAUCAAACAACCGACCUGGUUCCUACACUCCAUUCCUUUCUUUGUUUCUUGGACUCCCCACUGUGAAUAUUCUGGGACAAAGGUGCGCUGAUGACGCUGCCUCUUAAUACAGGAGAUUUUCGAGGGUGGUUUUUCUUUCGAUGGAUAAUGGGGAGGGCCUUUUGAUUUGGGACAGAGAGCAUGUAUUGGUUGCAUGUGAGAAAAGAGAGGGCAUCCCAACGGGCAGACGAGUCCCUCGAACAAGUAGACUAAUGUGGAAGAGAAAUUUGGUUUUGCUUUCGCGCUUUGGAUAUUGCGCGACAAUGGGGCGGCGAUAUAUACGGGCUUCCUUUUUUCUUUGGAAGGGGGAGGGGGGAGAUCAAAGGAAGGCUUAUGACGACAUGAUGGGCUUUAGGGGGAGGGUGAGCGAUGAUGAACGGGCGCGGAUUAAUGGAAUGAAAA